AUGACUUAGAAGGGUAUUGAUGGUGCUACUGAUUAUGCUAAAAAGAGAAAAGAUCAAAUUGAAAAUUCUAAGAAGCUACGUGAAGAAAGGAAACAGGGUACUUCUUUAUUGAAAAACGCUGGUGACUUCAUGCUUAAAACAUAGAAUGGAUAGGGAUAGUCUAGACCUGAUGCAACAUCAACAAGCGGCUUUUCGCAUAUGAAUGGUGCUGGAGGUUUGCAAACAGCAUCCACUUCAAUUUCAGGCGGGUUUAGUGGAUUUUAGAAGUAUAAUCAAGAAGCCCCUGGUGUUUCAACUUCCUAGUAUGGAAGAGGUUUUCCCGCCAGUAAUAACUUGAGCAAUAUAAGCGGAAAAGGUGUUUAGUCUACAGGUAAUUUUGCAAGUAAUCAAUUUAUGGGAGCAUAAGGUAAUGCUGGCAGGCAAUAAAUGGGACCUUAAACUAAUCUUUAUGAUGAUCCACCUUUAGGAAAUUAAAUGCGAACAUAAGAGAACUAUUACAACCCUCAAAGCAAUAGAUAAAGAAACAUGCAGCAGGUAGCUUAAUCUAUUUCGUAUGACAGUUAUAAUAAUCCGUAAGGUAUUAAUCAACCAUAGAAUUAUACCAUGCAGGGAUUCAACUAAGGAGCGCAAGCAUCUUAUACAUCAUCCUCAGGAUUCAAUAGGUAGCCUGGUAAUAAUGGGAUGUAGCCUCCUCUUAGUUUGCAUAGUAAUUCUUAAUUCAAAAGUGAAAGACAGCCAUCUUAUUCAAGAGAGGAUUUGAUGGCAGCACGCAGCAAUUUGUAACUAUUGAAAAAGCGGAUGGGUAGUAAGCAACCGAUGAAUAGAGAUAGAGCUUAAAGUUACAAUAAUAAUGAUGAUGACGGCACAUAUGAUCAAAAUUAAAACUCAAACUCUAAUUUAGGAAGAGCUCCAAGAGGAAAUUCUCAAUAUGGAAAUAUUCCAAAGCCUAAUAAUACAAGCAGGCCGACCAGUGGACUGUCCCAUAAUAAUCCAGACAACACUGGAUACUAAAAUAGGAACUUUAGAAAAGCUUUUAAUCCAGGUGAUAAUGACAGCUAAGGAAACUCUAUUUAGAGAAGUGAAUCAUAUGAAAACCUAGAUAAUCUUAGUAAUAAUGGAAUCAAUCUACCAAAUGACCAAAAUAGAUUUGGAGGAGUGGGCGUUAAUAGUCAGAAAAAAAUCCCAUAGAAAAUUUCAGAAUAUGACCCUACUUAAAGGAGCAAUAAUCAGCCUGCCAGAAAAAUAAAUUAGAAUUAGAUUCUUUAGUAAAAUACCUAUGAAAAGUAAAGCUAUAGCAAGUAAUAGACUUAAAAAUAAUCAUAUAAUAAUAAAUAUCAAGAUGAAGAAGAAGAGGAAGAUGAUGAGGAGGCUGAUACCUAUAAUAAUAGAGGAGGUUAAGGGAACAGCAAAUCAAAUAAUGCUAAUAAAGGAUUAGAUAAAUUUUCUUAAGAGUAGCCAGAUGAAUACCCGUAGGAUGAGGGUGAAAGGAUUGAAUGCCCUACUUGCGGGAGGAAAUUUGUUGAAUAAGCAUUGGUAAAGCAUGCCAAAGUUUGCAAAAAGGUCUUUGUGUAGAAGAGAAAAGUUUUCGACAUAAAAAAGUAAAGGUAAAUUGAAGAUGAAGCAAAGGAUGAUUAUGGCUCAUAUAAACCACCCACUAAGAAGUAAAAUAAUCAAUAAAGCAAAAAGCCAUUAGCUUAAGAAGAUUAGCCAAUUAAACAAAGUAAAGCUGCAAAAUGGAAAGCUUAAAGUGAAAUGUUCAGAUAAGCAAUGAGAGCCACUAAAGGCAAUGAUACUGCAGGUGGUGAUUCUUGCAAUGUUUAGUAGCCUCAAGCAUAGCAAUACGAUGAUAGAACAGAGUGUCAGUUCUGUAACAGGAAAUUCAACGAUGAGGCAGCUAAAAGACAUAUCCCAAGCUGCGAGUAAAAGUUCAAAGCAAAUCAGAUGAAGAGCAAAGCUGCUGCUCCACAGUAAUCUAAGUAACAAAGGACCACAUCUAUAGGCUUUAGGAAAAAAUGA